AUGUUCGGGGUACUGUUGGCGCUCGCGGCGACAGCCGCAGCGCUGCUCUACUACUACGCCAGUCGCAGCUUCCGCUACUGGACUGACCGUGGCAUCCCGCAGCUCGAGCCAACGCUACCGUUCGGCAACAUGCGGGGCAUGGGCAAGGAGUUCAGCUUCAACGAGCUGCUCGAUCGUGCCUACCGGCGUUUCCGCGACCAAUCGCCGGUAGCCGGACUCUACUUUCUCACCAACCCGGUGCUGAUCGUGAACGAUCUCGAUGUGGCGAAGCAGGUGCUGGUGAAAGACUUCGGCAGCUUCCACGAUCGCGGGCUGUACGUGAACGAGCGGGACGAUCCGCUGUCGGGCCAUCUGUUCUCGAUCGCGGGCGAACGGUGGCGCUAUCUGCGCCACAAGCUCAGCCCAACGUUCACGUCCGGCAAGAUUAAGGCCAUGUUCGGGACGAUCCGCACGAUUGGCGUAGAGUUUUUGGCUGGCGCUGAGCAGUACAUCGACCGCGGCGUGCCGAUCGACAUCAAGAAGCUGAGCCAGUGCUUCACCUGCGACGUGGUGGGCUCGUGUGCCUUCGGCUUGGAGUGCAACGCGCUCAAGAAUGGCAACGCGAAGCUGCUCGAGGUUGGCAACAAGGUGUUCCGCCAGACACCGCUGCGCAUGAUGUACUCGAUGGUUCUGUCGGCACUUCCGCGCCUUUCGCGUGCCCUACGCCUUCCGCUGUUCCCGCGGGACGUGUCCUCGUACUUUAUGGGCGUGGUGAGUGAAACGGUGGCGCACCGUGAGCAACACGGCGUCGAACGGUCCGACUUCCUGAACCUGCUGAUUCAGCUGAAAAACCGAGGCACGGUGGAGGACGGCGGUGACCACGCCACCGAGAAGCUCACCCUGGACGAGGUGUCCGCUCAGGCGUUUGUGUUUUUCUUCGCCGGCUUCGAAACGUCAUCGACCACACUCUCGUUCGCGCUCUUCCUGCUCGCCAGCCACCCGGAAGUGCAGGAGCGGUGCCGGAAGGAGAUUCUGGAGAAGCUGGCCCACGGCACCGACGAAGGGUUGAUCACGUACGAGGCACUCAAAGAGAUGACGUACGUCGACCAGGUGAUCAAUGAGACGCUGCGUAUCUAUCCGCCGGUCGGGCAAUUGAUGCGUGCCGUAACGCAGACGGUCCACCUCGAGGCAGCCAACUUGACGCUCAAGAAGGGUGACAUGGUGAUGAUACCGAUCUACUCGUACCACCACGAUGCGGAUCUGUUUCCCGAGCCGGAGUGCUUCAGGCCGGAGCGAUUCGCACCGGAAGAGGCUGAGGGUCGCCAUCCGCUUGCGUUCCUGCCGUUCGGCGAAGGUCCACGCAACUGCAUCGGGAUGCGAUUCGGGCUGCUGGAGGCAAAGUUCGGGGUCGUGCAGCUGCUCAGCCGGCUACGCUUCACCGUCGAUCCGCGCACCGAAGUCCCGCUGCGGUUGGCCAAAAACACCGGAUUCCUCCAGGUGGACGGCGGCAUUUGGUUGAAUGCCACCAGGGCGUGAGCGAGCGAUAUAGUGUUUGCAUAUAUAGUGCCAUAUAGUGAUUGGAUUCUAAGCUACCGAUUACUUGACUUGACUUAACUUCGUUAUGGAAAUUGUAAACAUUUAGUAAAAAUUUUUAAAUUUAAGAAACGGGACGCUAAACGCUUGCGGAAAACUCGGAAACUUAAAAUUAAAAAUUC